AUGAUUGUUGCUCAGAACGGAGUAGAAGCUGUAGAGGUGGUGAGAGUAGAUUCUCUUUACACUGUGAAGGUUCCAAGUGGGGCCAGUGAAGAUGUCCAUGAGGGAUAUGUCUUGGAUUUUCUGCCACCUCCGAUUCCUCUUCCUCUCUGCCAUCUCUUCUUCCUAAGACAGGUCCAGAGACCAAACUCUCUACCUGGGGAUGCAGGUCACAAAUGUCCAGUCGACAAUGAAAUACUGCUGGAAAAUCAACUAUUUCCUGACAAUUUUGCAAAACGAGAGAUUCUUUCUCUGAUGGUGAAAUGUCCAAAUGGAGGUUGUUUGCACAAGAUGGAACUGAGGCAUCUUGAGGAUCAUCAAGCACAUUGUGAAUUUGCUCUUAUGAAUUGUCCCCAGUGCCAGCAUCCCUUCCAAAAAUGCCAACUUAAUAUUCACAUGCUCAAGGAGUGUCCAAGGAGACAGGUUUCUUGUGUAAACUGUGCUGUAUCGAUGGCAUUUGAAGAUAAAGAGAUCCAUGACCAGAACUGUCCUUUGGCAAAUGUCAUCUGUGAAUAUUGCAAUACCAUGCUCAUCAGAGAACAGAUGCCUAAUCAUUAUGAUCUAGACUGUCCUACAGCCCCAAUUCCAUGCACGUUCAAUACUUUUGGUUGCCACGAAAAGAUGCAGAGGAAUCACUUGGCACGCCACCUGCAAGAGAACACCCAGUCGCACAUGAGAAUGUUGGCCCAGGCUGUCCAGAGUUUAAGCCUUGCCUUAGCUCCCGCACCUCAACGGGACAUGCUCCCAUAUGAUCCUGCCCCUCUGUCCCGGGUGUCCUCUGGGUGUUACCCAGAGGUCCGGAAUUUCCAAGAAACCAUUCAGCAGUUAGAGGGUCGCCUUGUAAGACAAGACCAUCAAAUCCGGGAGCUGACAGCGAAAAUGGAAACUCAGAGCAUAUAUGUAAGUGAGCUCAAACGAACUAUUCGAACCCUUGAGGACAAAGUUGCUGAAAUAGAAGCACAGCAAUGCAAUGGCAUUUAUAUCUGGAAGAUUGGCAACUUUGGGAUGCACUUAAAAUCUCAAGAAGAGGAGAAGCCCGUUGUCAUUCAUAGCCCUGGAUUCUACACAGGCAAACCUGGAUACAAACUGUGCAUGCGCCUGCACCUCCAGUUACCCACCGCUCAGCGCUGUGCAAACUAUAUAUCCCUCUUUGUCCACACGAUGCAAGGAGAGUAUGACAGCCACCUCCCUUGGCCCUUCCAGGGUACAAUACGCCUUACGAUUCUUGAUCAGUCCGAAGCACCCAUAAGGCAAAACCAUGAAGAGAUAAUGGAUGCCAAACCAGAGCUGCUUGCCUUCCAGAGACCCACAAUCCCACGGAAUCCAAAAGGUUUUGGCUAUGUGACUUUCAUGCAUCUGGAAGCUCUAAGACAAAGAACCUUCAUUAAGGAUGAUACUUUGUUAGUACGCUGUGAAGUCUCUACCCGCUUCGACAUGGGCAGCCUUCGGAGGGAGGGUUUUCAGCCACGAAGCACUGAUACCGGGGUAUAGCAUCCCCUCAUUGGUUAAAAAAAAAAGAAAAAAUCCGUCUGAAGCAAGCAGGGCCUUUCCUUGCGCUCUUCUCAGUAAUCAUCUGCACACAGCAAAAGCAGUGGGAGAAAUGCAAUAGCGGCCAGUGAAUGUGGUUAGAGAGGUUACUUACCACUGCUUCCUGUUACAAACAUCGGAAGCAGCUUUUUCGUGGGAAUCUACAAGCUUUUUCAAACUUGUUGCAAGUGAAGUGCCCGUGGCAUAUUGCAGCACUUGUUUGUCAGUUCAUAUACCUCUUCGUUGUACUUUCCUGGGCUUUUGCUCCAGUGUGUUUUAUUGUCAGAAAAAAUAGUAAAGGGCUGGAAUAGUAAAACUCAGACAUUUUAACAAUAAUGAAUGUUCCUUAAAACUUCACCUUAUUUUUCUAGUGUUACAUGUAAUAUAUUAAACUUGAGAAUCACUACCACCCCGUUCAGGUUCCAGCAAGAAGAUGUUACUCCAGAGUUGAGUUCUCAUUUUAUUUGACCUUCUGCAGGUUUCAGUGGAAAGUUUAAGUUCUCAUUAACCCUGUUUUUCCCCCCAGCAUCUUACUAAGGAUAUUCAGGGACUAGUUUAAACCCUAAAUAUAACCUUACUUAUUUAGUGCGAACAUGUUGUCUGUUGAAUAAUUCUUGUUUAAGUAUUUCACUCUACCGUACUUACAUGUUUCUUUGAGGCUGCAAAGUAGCAUCUUCUUCAGAGUUCAGAAUGCUGAGGACCAGGUGGGUACCAGCUGCCCAGUGUGAUGCUGUCAAUCUCUUUCUGUCUAUUCAGUGCAGAGUGAUUUCCACAGCUCUGCAUAUGUUCUCUGUUGCUUAGUGCUUGUAGGACAAGGAGAUACACACACAUAAUCACCAUUAAAGUUAAAAAUGACUCAACUGGUCGACCAAUACAGCAUCUCAUUGGUGGUGACAGAGGCUAUUUGAGCAAGACAUUUUCAGCUCUCAAACACCCUCUGGUGUUUUAGUUCAGUUAAACAGAACAAAAUUAAUUUCCUAAAAGCAGAAUUUCUUAAUACUUGGGAGAUUGUUGGUCAUGCUUGAGAGGUCAAACGAAGGCUGGAAAUCACGUGGUCACGUCAGGAUUUGGCUUGAGUGGCUGUUUUAGUCCAACAGCUCAGACCCUAGGAGGAUCGUGUGGAAUGUAUUGAAGUGGCCAAAUGUUCCCCUAAUAGGGAGAUGAUUUUUGUGCCAUUAUGUAUUUGUUCAAGGCCUGCAGAUAGUAAAUAUUAUGGUGAAAUCUAGUUCUCAGGGAGUCCCACAACUAGCAUAGGCUCCUGUAAGGAAUCUAAGAGGACCCGUGCACUAUGCUGUUUACACGAGAGAUUGUUGAAAGUUGUCUGGAUGUGAGAGAGGGUCCUGUGUCUCCAGAGAGGCUGAGUCCGCCCUGUGACCAGCGCUCACCAUCAGCCUUUAUUUCAAGAGGAAGCCGAGAGACUUAGUCUAUGGCGAAGAAUGGUCUCCGUUCCAUGCAGACCGAGCAAGUGUCACUUUAACCUUUCCCCUUACUUUGCUCUCUGCCCUCCGCCCCACCCCACCGCAGGUUUAGGCUCCUGCUCUGGUGGGUUUGUCAAGCGGAGCUCCUGUUGCCCCACGCCACAGUCAGUCCCACCUGCUCGUCAGCAGUCUGUCCCUGGGCUCCUGGGCUCUCCAGCCAGCUCCUGAGGUUGCCGCAGCGCCCGCCUCGAGGUGGGGACCCCACGCCGCUGCUCCUGUGAUUGUUGCCGAUGAAUGAAGAAUUGUCGCAUCCCACUUAAAAGGCAAGUGGCAGUUAUUCUUCUGUUGCACAGAAAAAGCCCGAAGGAGAUGUAAUAAACUGUUUUGAUGACUUA